AUGCCGAUCCUCUGCCAGAUUUUUCGCCUCCUCCGACCUGGCGUCGCCACCUUUCAUGGCCCAAUGCUCCGCCUCUCCUCUACCUCGCGACCUCUCCUCUCUUUCACGGCCUCUGCGCCGCCUUGCUGGUCGCCACCACCGCUUGCACCACGAGUUUUCCCUCUCAUGGCUCCCGAUCUACUUGUCCGUCGUAUUUCCCGAUUUCCUCCAGGAUCUCGGAGCAUGUCCAGCAACAGUGGACUUGAAGACAAGCGAUUGCUCAUCUCUUCUGCCAACUAUCAUUCUGUCAUCAGCCAAGGCACGAAAAAUGUAGAGACGAGUGGCACAACCUUGGAAGUUAUAGAUGAAAACGGAAGGAGUGCAACCAAGGAUACAAAGAGCGCAUUGAUAGCAAGCGGUGACAAAGUAUUCCCCAUGGAAUUGCUUCCAAAAAGCACACACCGUGAUGGUUCUAUAUACAGAAGCACUCAUGCGUGGAAAAAGAACUAUGCUGUUGAUGACCGUAGUGAGACUCGGUUGGCAGAUCCCAAAGAUUGCGUCUUCCGCAACGGAAAAUGCAAGCGGCAUAAUCCUAGUCGCGUCUUACAAUUUUUCUCAUUAAAGUUGGCUGAACUUACUGUGGAUGUUGGCCCAGUAGAGUUGUAUGGAUACAUAGCAGUGCGGGAUUGUCUGGAUACAUUGCUUAAUUAUGUUGUCAAUAUAAGCAGGGAUGAUCCUGUCAUCGUGAAACAGGGUUCUCUCAUCAACAUGGCUGGCCCUAAGCGAGGCAUAGAUAUGUAUUGCGCUGUUCUAGUGGAAUUUGACAUUAGGAUCAAGGCAGGCAAAGCAGAAAGGGAUGAUCACCAGCUGAUUGAUGGUGUAUCAGGCAUAGCUGACCUGUGGGGAGUAUGGAAUCAAGCAUUCACAAACCGCAUCUAUGGUGACUGUGGCGCAGUUGACAUAACCGUAGCACGUAUUGAUGGGGCAGUCAUGGCGAAUGUAGAAGUUGCCGUGUCAGAAGUGCAGAGCAGUUUUGAGCUGUGCUUCAGUUGUUUUAUCGGUGGUUAUAACGAAGAAAUCCGGCUGUUCGAUGGUGCAAUUGGCGAGUCACGCCUCUUAAAGAGGUCUGUGGUUGCUGUAGCGGAUGGUUCCACUCUGGAUUUGAAGUUCAAGGUGGCCUCGGGGCCAUCCGGUUCAGCGGAGCACUGUUGUUCCUUCAAGGCGGACACACAUGGACUUGACACUCACCAGAUAAAGACUGAAUUCGGGUUGAUGUCAGUGAAGGUGACUUGGUCGACUCUGCUUUCCUCCCAGUAG